GGGGUGGAGCCUGGCUCCUAGACCUAUUUAAGAGCUGGCUACCAGUGGGGAAGGAUCUCUUCUGGAGAUCGCCUCUUCUGGUGUUUUGUAGGCACCGAAAGUAAGUAUCGUAGACUUAGAGGGGUCAUGAAGACAAGGAGCACUGAACUAGAAUCUGCUGUCACAGGAUCAUCUUGGGCUUCUGCUCUUCUGACAACUGGUAAGAAAAGUAUAGUGCUUUCCAGUGAAACUAGGAAAGAGCUAGCUAAGCAAGCUAAAGUCGCCAAAGAUGAGAGAAGAUCUCAGAUAGAUGAAAGAUACAAGUAUUUGAUAUCAAAGUUAUCAGAUGGAAUAGACUUAAAUGAGCAGCAAGUGGAGGAGGCCAUUAUUUCUGAUGACAAGUUUCAACUUAUAGAACAAUUCUUUGCUCCUAAUGGACUUAAAAAGUUACUGUUCUUUUACCAAGAUGUUUUGCAGCAAACAUCAAAUGCUUCAUUGAGGUCAGAUGGAUCAACCAACAGUUUCCUUCAGAAGAAGUUAUUUCUUACCACGGGCUCUACAGAGAACUUUACAGGAAUCUGUGCGUUUUUCCUAAGGAUGUCAGAUAAAGUUAUAACCGCAUCAAAUGUUUGCCAGGGGCUGUCAAACUUGAUUCUGCAGGAGGUGAAUUUUGGCACCUUCGAUUGUUCUAAUGGAAAUAUCCUUCAGGGUCUGGAAUUGUUCUUGUCCCAGAUCAUGAUACCAGCACUUAAAUCCCAACAGCACUGGGGAGCUGUGAAAGAAGGUCUGAAGAACAGCCAGAUACAAGAUUUUCUAUAUUCCGUCGAUAGAUUUGUGGAUACCUUGUCAUCAUCAAGGCAGAAUCUGGAAGAUAGAAUUCAGCUUGCAGAACUGGAUAUUGAUACUUAUGUCAGUAAUUUACAGAACCCGUCUGACUACAUAACUGCAGGCAGUAAUGCAGAGAUCACUGAGAAACUUGAAGAGGUGUUAAUGAUUUGGAUGAAACAGAUCAGACAAGUGUUAGUGGAGAGUGAACAAAUGAGAAGGGAAGCUGAUGACAUUGGUCCGUCUGCAGAGCUGGAACAUUGGAAGUCAAGAAUGUCAUUAUUUAAUAGCCUUUUAGAUGACAUAAAGAGUUCAAGAGUAAAGAAAACUAUAAGUAUUCUUCAGGCUGCAAGAUCGAAGACAUUAAAGCAGUGGAAAGAGUUGGACGGCAGUAUAACGAUUGCUGCCAAUGAAGCUAAAGACAAUGUGAGAUAUCUGUAUACACUGGAUAAAUUUUUUGCUCUAAUGGCCAAAGCUUCUCCUGUUACAGUGGUGGAAGACAUACCCAGUUUAAUGAAUGCAGUCUGUAUGAUCUACUGUACAUCACCGCACUACAACACAUCAGAGUGUAUGACAUCUCUUCUUCUUAAAAUCACUAAUCAAAUGAUUAACACGUGCAAGACGUAUCUACGUGAAGGUGUUUCUAAAAUCUGGGAUCUGGACAGGGAAGAACUGCUGAAGAGGAUUCAGCAAUGCAUUUUCCUGAAAGAACAGUACCAAACAUCAUUUCAGAGAAUUAGGGAGAAGCUAAAGAAAAAUCAAAGUGACAGGCAGUUUGAUUUCAGUGAGAACUAUAUUUUUGGAAAAUUCGACACAUUCUGUAAACGUUUGGAGAAGAUUUCAGAUAUGAGCAAUAUUAUGGAAAGCCUACUAGAGCUCCAGUGCAUACAAAUAGAAGGAAUUGAAGAGAUCAAUGCUCGCUUUCAGACCAUUGCUACAAAUACCAAAUCAAAAGAGUAUGAUGUUCUGGAUCACAGAAAAAAAGAGUUUGAUAAAGAUUACCUUGAUUUUAAGAACCAAAUUGCAACACUGUAUGAGUCCAUACAAGAAUUUGUGGAUUCCUGUUUUGAGAAGACUGUAACUACUGAACAGAUGCUGAGACUUCUGAUGAAGCUUGAACAAAUAGGAGAAAAUCAAAUUGAUCUUAAUGAGAAGUAUACCAUUGUCCUUCAGCAAUAUAGUCAAGACUUAGACUUUGUGCAAAAGCUCUACCAGGAGCAAAAAGAAAAUCCACCUAUACCACAUAAUAUACCACCAGUAACAGGGAAGAUUAUGUGGGCCCAGCAGUUGUACAGAAAAAUUGACCAUCCAAUGAGAUUCUUUAAAAAGAAAACUAUGCUUCUGAAGACAUUGGAAAUGAAAAAGGUUGCUAAGAGCUACAAUAAAAUGGCUGCGGUUCUUUUGGAAUUUGAACUUAUUUAUUAUAGAGCAUGGUGCAGGUUUGCUGAGCAGGCUAGAAAUGCUCUACAUGCUUUCUUACUUGUCAGGCAUGCAGAAACCAAGGAAUUGGUUGUAAACUUGGAUCCAGUGGUCCUGGAAGUACUUUAUGAAACAAAGUACCUGAAAAAAAUGCAUUUUAACGUUCCAGAUGUUGUCCUCAGCUUGUGUGCAAAUGAAGAACAGAUUAAAAAACAUCAAAUGGAUCUUGAGAAUCUAUUGAUCAAUUACAAAGAGCAUCUGAAUAGAAUUCCUGUUGUGCUGAAACCACUAAUGAAGCCAUUCAUAGAACAAGUUGAGGAUGCCCUUGCUCCAGGCAUGACACAGCUGUCCUGGACUUCUUCAAACAUCAAUAAAUUUAUUGAGAAUACUUAUAGUACCAUGAGGGAAUUGGACUUUAUAGUCAAAGAAGCUGCUGAUACCCUGGAGUGCAGAAUUGAAAGAGUUCUGGAGGAUAUGUCAAACACUGCUCUGAUAAUUUUACCAGAAGAACCUAUAGAUGUAUCUACAUUCUUGGAACAGACAGAAAAUCUUGCUGUCUCUACUGCUCGCAAACUUUCUCAACAGAGUCAGCAAGUGGAAUGCUCUGUGUAUGAACUGGUAGACACUCUUAUGCACAGGCUGAAAGCAGAUACUGGAAGAACUCUGGAGGAUUCAUACUCCUGUAUGCAUCUUGACAUAAAGCAGAAAACACGCUGCCAAGAAUGCAUGUCUUGUUGUUGCUAUUAUCUCGUGGGACAGCUUUGUCAGAGGAAUACUGAUUCCUUAGUCAGAUGCACGAAGAUUUCCUUGGAGUCCUUGAGACAUCAGUUGCGUGUUGUUGGCUCUAGGUAUCAGAUGAUCAGGUCUGUAGAGACAAAGAGAAUUCCUUUGUUCAAAACUGAAUUUCAGCUGGCUAUUCCUAAUGUUGUCUUGCGACCAAGUCUCGAAGAUAUUCAGAGUGCUGUAAAAAAAGCAGUAAAUAUAAUGUUAUCAAUAGCCAAAGAUAUCCCACUCUGGAAAUUUGCUUACUUACAUCAUAAGCAGCAGCAGGCUGAACAAUCUGUUGCCAUUGAGCUAGGUGAUGAGAACAAAUUCACCAGGAUGUUGGCACUGAAGCCUUUAGACAAGCAGAUCAUUGAGCAUAAGGAUGUAAACAAAGUGGUGAUUCAACUAAAUACAGUUAUUUUGUCUCUCAAAGCUAGAGCAUCGGAUCUUCUGAACAGCUUUUCUGAAUUUUCAGGCAUCUGGAAUAAGGAUCCAGAGGAAAAAGUGAAGGAAUUCAUAGAGACUAAACCAACAAUGGCUGAAUUCCAAACUCAAAUUGGAUACUUUUCUCAAUUAGAACUGCAAAUCAGAGAGCUGCCGAAUCACUUUGUUCUGGAAUCAGUGGAUAUUGCCACAGAGUCAUUGAAAAUUGCCCUUAUUCAGGAGUGCCACUCAAGACAAAGAACGUUUGGAUUAGCUUUGAAUGAAAGGUCUGCUGCAGACAUGGAUGAAAUUUAUUCAUUCAUUGACAAUCUUAGCAAGAAAUUAAGCAGGCCUGUCCAUGACCUUGAUGAUGUACGGGGAGCAAUGGAAGCCCUAAAGGAAAUUCGAGAGAAUGAAGUUAAAAUUGACAUGACAGUUGGACCUAUUGAAGAAUCUUAUUCUGUGCUUCAGAGAUACAAUCUGCUUUUUCAGGAUGGAAACAUGGAAAGAGUUGAUGGAUUGGCUUAUGCCUGGAAGAACCUAAACACACAGGCACUGCAGGUUGAGGAUUUGCUACUGAAGGUACAGCCAAACAUGAAAACAGAUUUGCUGAGAGGUGUUCAGAGAUUCCAAGCUGAUACUGCAGAAUUUUGCAAAGACUAUAAUGAAAAGGGCCCCAGUGAAGAAAAUGUUCCUCCCCAUGAAGCAAGUGAGAGAUUACAGCUCUUUCAAGCUAAAUUUGAUGAACUGUGGACAAAGUAUAUCUCUCUUUCUAGUGGGGAAGAAUUAUUUGGUCUUCCUGUUACAGAGUAUCCCGAACUGCACAAAAUUAAACGUGAGCUUUCAUUGCUUCAGAAACUUUACAGUCUUUAUAAUUCAGUUAUUGCUAGUAUCAAUGGAUACAAUGAAAUGCUUUGGAGUGAUUUGAAUAUUGAAAAAAUUAACAACGAACUUCUGGAUUUUCAAAACAAAAUUCGUAAGUUACCAAAAGCUCUGAAGGAAUGGCAAGCAUUUCGAGACCUAAAGAAGAAAAUUGAUGAUUUCACAGAGAGCUGUCCUCUGCUUGAAAUGAUGGCAAACAAGGCAAUGAUGUCUCGACACUGGGAAAGAAUUGCACAAAUAACUGGACAUCACUUUGAGGUUGACUCUGAAAAUUUCUCUUUGAAAAACAUAACAGAUGCCUCCUUGUUAAAACAUAAAGAAGAUAUUGAGGAUAUCUGCAUCAGCGCUGUUAAAGAAAAGGAUAUUGAAGCAAAAUUGAAGCAUGUCAUCAGUGAAUGGAGUACCCAUGCUUUCAGUUUUGGCCAAUUCAAAACACGAGGAGAACUCCUUCUGAAAGGAUCAGAUACAUUAGAGAAAAUAGCUUUGGUGGAAGACAGCCUCAUGAUAUUGGGGUCGCUCAUGAGCAACAGGUAUAACACACCAUUUAAGUCCACUAUACAACGCUGGGUCCAGAAGUUAGGCAAUACAGCAGAAAUAAUUGAAAACUGGAUUGCUGUACAAAACCUCUGGAUUUACCUUGAAGCUGUGUUUGUUGGUGGAGACAUUGCAAAACAACUACCUCAGGAAGCCAGAAGAUUUCAGAACAUUGAUAAAUCAUGGCAGAAAAUUAUGCAGAAAGCUCAUGAAACAUCAAACAUAAUACAGUGCUGUGUUGGAGAUGAGACUUUGGCACAGCUAUUGCCACAUUUGCUGGAGCAAUUGGAAAUCUGUCAGAAAUCACUGACCGGUUACUUGGAGAAAAAGCGGUUACAAUUUCCAAGAUUUUUUUUUGUGUCUGAUCCUGCUCUUCUGGAAAUCCUUGGUCAAGCAUCUGAUUCCCACACUAUUCAGGCACAUUUAUUAAGUUUGUUUGACAAUGUUAACCGGGUUGAAUUUCAUGAAAAAAACUAUGACCAGAUUUUAUUGUUUGAAUCUCAAGAAGGAGAACGGGUCAAUAUUAUUGAACCAGUUGUAGCUCAGGGCAACGUGGAAAUCUGGUUGGGUCAGCUGCUGAAUGGGAUUCGGAAAACAAUCCACACUAUCAUUAGAGAGGCAUCAGUGGCCAUUAGCGACUCAGGAUUUAAGCUGUAUGACUUUCAGGCAAUGUUUCCUGCACAAAUAGGACUUCUGGGAAUUCAAAUGAUCUGGACCAGAGAUGCAGAGAAUGCAUUGAACUGUACCAAAACAGACAAAAAGGUAAUGCACGCAACAAGUCAGAAGUUUUUGGAACUUCUAAAUGAUUUGAUUGACAUGACUACACACAAUCUAACAAGAAUGGAGCGCACAAAGUAUGAAACUUUAAUUACUAUUCACGUACACCAGAAGGAUAUCUUUGAUGAUUUGGUCCGUAUGAACAUCAAAUCUCCAUCUGAUUUUGAAUGGCAAAAGCAAUCUCGGUUUUAUUUUCUUGAAGACUUGGAUAAAUGUGUUAUCCAAAUCACGGAUGUAGAGUUCACCUACUGCAAUGAAUACUUAGGAUGUACAGACAGACUCGUUAUAACUCCUUUAACUGACAGAUGUUAUAUCUCUCUGGCACAGGCCCUAGGCAUGAGUAUGGGUGGUGCACCUGCAGGACCGGCAGGAACAGGGAAAACAGAGACAACUAAAGAUAUGGGCAAAUGCCUGGGAAAGUAUGUUGUUGUUUUCAAUUGUUCAGAUCAAAUGGACUACAGAGGAUUGGGUCGUAUCUAUAAAGGUUUAGCCCAGUCUGGUGCAUGGGGUUGCUUUGAUGAAUUUAACCGCAUUGAACUUCCAGUUUUAUCAGUAGCUGCUCAGCAGAUAUAUAUUGUACUUCAAUGUAAGAAAAAUAAGAAACCUCAGUUCAUUUUCACUGAUGGUGAUGUUGUUGACAUGGACAGAGAAUUUGGCAUAUUUCUGACUAUGAACCCUGGCUAUGCAGGACGACAGGAGCUUCCAGAAAAUCUGAAGAUUCAGUUUCGUACAGUUGCUAUGAUGGUGCCUGACCGUAGCAUUAUUAUGCGAGUCAAGCUGGCAAGUGCUGGUUUCCGAGACAACCAAAUCCUUAGUCGAAAAUUUUAUACACUCUACAAGCUCUGUGAAGAGCAGUUAUCUAAACAGGUUCACUAUGACUUUGGACUAAGAAAUAUCCUGUCUGUUUUAAGAACACUUGGAGCAGUGAAAAGAUCUAAUCCCGAAGAGCCAGAGAAAACUGUAGUGAUGAGAGUUCUGCGGGACAUGAACCUCUCCAAACUGGUGGAUGAAGAUGAACCUUUAUUUAUGAGUCUCAUUAAUGACCUAUUCCCUGGAAUUACUCUGGAUAAAGCUGUGUAUCCUGAACUACAGUCAGCCAUUCAGAAACAGGCAGAGAAAGCAGGGCUUAUCCAUCAUCCACCUUGGAUUCUUAAACUCAUUCAGCUGUAUGAAACUCAACAAGUCCGACAUGGUAUGAUGACUCUAGGUCCAACUGGUGCAGGAAAGACCAAAUGCAUUAAUAUUUUGAUGAAAGCAAUGACAGAUUGUGGUGCUCCUCAUAAAGAGAUGAGAAUGAACCCAAAGGCAAUCACAGCUUCCCAGAUGUUUGGUACCCUUGAUGUUGCCACAAAUGAUUGGACAGAUGGCAUUUUCUCUACAUUAUGGAGAAAAACUUUAAAAGCAAAGAAGGGUGAGCAUAUUUGGAUAGUUUUGGAUGGCCCUGUUGAUGCGAUAUGGAUUGAAAACCUGAACUCUGUUCUGGAUGAUAAUAAGACUCUGACUUUGGCCAAUGGAGAUCGUAUUCCUAUGUCCCCCAGUUGCAAAAUUAUUUUUGAACCUCACAACAUUGACAAUGCUUCCCCGGCAACAGUUUCUCGUAAUGGCAUGGUCUUCAUGAGUUCUUCAGUGUUAGAUUGGAAGCCUAUCUUAAUGGCUUGGCUGCAAACACUGCCUACUACAUACUCUGAUGUUCUUUGGAAUUGCUUUAGUGCUGUAUUUCAGGAUAUGAUCAAUUUUGUUUUCUCUGCUGUGACACCAAAAAUGGCAGUCUUAGAAUGUAUGUACAUCAAACAAGCUAUUGACGUUCUACAGGGUUUAUUGUCAGAUCGAGAUGAAAAGCAGCUCAGUGAGGAACAUAUUGCUCGGUUGUUCAUUUUUGCUGUAAUGUGGUCAGUUGGAGCUCUUCUGGAACCUGAUGACAGGUUGAAAAUGGAGCUGUUCUUACGAAAGCAUUCUGCAGUGAAAGAACUUCCAGCUGUGAAUGGAGAAGAAACCAUGUUUGAAUUUGGCGUUAGUGCCAGUGGCCAGUGGGAGCAUUGGUCAAAGAAGGUCCCUGAAUAUAUUUACCCUAGAGAUUCAGUACCAGAAUAUACUUCCAUUCUAGUUCCAAACGUCGACAGUGUUCGAACAGACUUUCUAAUGUACACUAUCAUGAAGCAAGGAAAAGCUGUUUUGCUAAUUGGGGAACAGGGAACAGGAAAAACAGUUAUGAUUAAGGGUUACAUGAACAAGUACAAUCCUGAUGUUCACUUGUCCAAGUGUCUGAACUUUUCUUCUGCAACUCUACCAAAUAUGUUCCAAAGGAGCAUAGAAAGCUACAUAGAUAAAAGAAUGGGUACCACUUAUGGUCCUCCAGCAGGGAAGAAAAUGACUGUCUUUAUUGAUGACAUCAACAUGCCCGUGAUUAAUGAAUGGGGUGAUCAGGUCACCAAUGAGAUUGUAAGACAAUUGAUGGAACAGAAAGGUUUCUACAACUUGGAGAAGCCAGGUGACUUUACGAACGUGGUUGAUAUUCAGUUUGUAGCUGCAAUGAUUCACCCUGGGGGAGGUCGGAAUGACAUCCCACAACGCCUGAAACGCCAGUUCACCAUCUACAACUGCACGCUACCUUCCAGUUCAUCUAUUGACAAAAUAUUUCGAACAGUAGCUGAAGGCUAUUUCUGUGAGCAACGAGGUUUUUCUGAGGAAAUAUGUAAACUGGCUUCUGCAUUAGUAUCUACAACACGAAAAGUAUGGCAAGCAACAAAAGCAAAGAUCUUACCAACUCCAGCUAAAUUUCAUUACAUCUUUAAUUUACGAGACCUUAGUCGUAUUUGGCAAGGAAUGCUAACUGUUACUUCUGAAGUCUGCCAGAGCAUCAGUGUUUUGGUAGCCUUGUUCCAGCAUGAAUGCAGACGUGUUAUUGCAGACAGGUUCGUCAGCCAAAGUGAUAAAGACUGGUUUGAAGAUAUGAUGAAAAAGACUGCUGCUGCAGAACACAAUCAAAAUCUAUUUGAAGAUGGAUCUACAGAAUUAUACUUUGCAGAUUUUUUGCAUGAUGCCCCAGAAGCCACUGGAGACGAGCCUGAUGAUGUAGAAUUGAAGGCUCCUAAAAUUUAUGAACCUAUCCCAUCUUUGGAUUAUUUGGCUGAAAGAUUACAAAUGUUCAUGCAACAGUACAAUGAAAGCAUCAGAGGAUCAAAGAUGGAUUUAGUAUUUUUCAAGGAUGCAAUCAUUCAUUUGAUUAAAAUAUCACGGAUUAUUCGUACUCCACAAGGAAAUGCGUUGCUGGUUGGUGUGGGUGGAUCUGGAAAACAGAGUCUGACCAGACUAGCAUCGUAUAUUGCUGGAUAUGAGAGCUUUCAGAUUACUUUAACAAGAACAUAUGCCACCAAUAACUUCUUGGAUGAUCUGAAAAUCUUGUACCGCACUGCUGGGCAAAAAGGAAAGGGCAUUGUCUUUAUAUUCACAGACAACGAAAUCAGAGAUGAAUCUUUUCUUGAGUACCUGAAUAAUGUUUUGGCUUCAGGUGAAGUCUCAAAUCUUUUUGCACGAGAUGAAAUAGGUGAAAUCACACAAGAUCUGAUACCAGCAAUGAGGAAAGAGUAUCCAAAGCGUACUCCCACUGGUGCAAAUCUUUAUAAUUACUUUCUUACUCGAGUUCGCAAUAACUUGCACGUGGUACUUUGUUUUUCUCCUGUUGGGGAAAAGUUCAGAACUCGUGCACUCAAAUUUCCAGCUCUGAUUUCAGGCUGUACCAUGGACUGGUUCCAGCGCUGGCCUAAAGAUGCUCUUGUAGCAGUUGCACAACAUUUUUUAGUUUCCUACCCUAUAGAGUGCACAGAUGAAGUGAAACAAAGUGUUAUUAACACCAUGGGAAUAUUUCAAGAUAUUGUAGCUGAAAAAUGUGUUGAGUACUUUGAACGAUACAGACGCCGAACGUUUGUGACUCCAAAAUCUUACCUGUCCUUCAUUGGAGGCUACAAAGCUAUUUAUAAAGAGAAGUUUGCCAGUGUUGGAAGUUUGUCUGAACGUAUGAGAACAGGUCUUGCAAAACUGAUGGAAGCUGAGGUUUCAGUAAAUCAGCUUUCCAAAGAGCUGGUGAUGAAGGAGAAAGAUUUGGCUGUAGCUUCAAAAAAAGCUGAUGAAGUUUUAUUGGAAGUAACAAUGAAAGCCCAAGCUGCCGAAAAGGUGAAAAUGCAGGUGCAAAAGGUAAAAGACAAAGCUCAGGUCAUUGUGGAUGACAUUGCCAUUGACAAAGCAGCAGCAGAAGAGAAGCUUGAAGCUGCAAGACCUGCUUUGGAAGAAGCAGAGGCAGCCCUGCAGACAAUAAAGCCCUCUGACAUUGCAACUGUUCGCAAACUGGGUAAACCUCCUCACUUGAUAAUGCGAAUAAUGGACUGUGUGCUACUUUUAUUCCAAAGGAAAAUAGACUCAGUAACAAUUGAUCAAGAACGCCCAUGUGUGAAGCCAUCAUGGACUGAGGCUCUGAAACUAAUGAAUAACUCUGGAUUUCUUGGCAUGUUGCUUAGUUUUCAGAAGGACUCAAUUACAGGAGAAACUGUGGAGCUUUUAGAGCCUUAUUUGGACAUGGAGGAUUAUAAUCUGGAGAUGGCUAAAAAAGUGUGUGGAAAUGUAGCAGGUCUAUGCUCAUGGACACAAGCAAUGGCUUACUUCUAUGGUAUUAAUAAAGAAGUCCUUCCUCUUAAGGCAAAUCUAGCCUUGCAAGAGGGAAGACUUGCAGCUGCCCAAACUGAACUGAAUAAUGCACAAAAUCAACUGGAUGAAAAGCAGAUGGAACUUGAUCAAGUACAAGCCAUGUAUGAUGCUGCUAUGAAAGAGAAGCAGGCCUUACUUGAUGAUGCCGAGGCUUGCAGAAGGAAGAUGAACAAUGCCACAGCUCUGAUAGAAGGCUUGGGUGGAGAAAAGCUUCGUUGGACUGAAAGCAGCAAAAACUUUCAAAAUGAAAUUACUCAUUUAGUGGGGAAUGUCCUUUUGGCCACUGGAUUUCUCUCCUACUCUGGACCUUUCAAUCAGGAGUACAGGAAUUUGCUGCUCCAUUUAUGGAAGAAAGAGAUGAACAGCAGCAAGAUUCCAUACAGCAAUGACUUGAAUCUCACCAGUAUGCUUGUUGACAAUGCUACAGUCAGUGAAUGGAACCUCCAGGGUCUUCCAAAUGAUGACCUUUCAAUUCAGAAUGGCAUAAUCGUCACCAAAGCAUCUAGAUAUCCUUUGCUGAUUGAUCCACAAGGUCAAGGAAAGAUCUGGAUUAAGAAUAAAGAAAAGAAUAAUGGACUACAGGUUACAGCUAUGAACCACAAGUUCUUCAGAAGCCAUAUAGAAGACAGCCUGUCCCUUGGCCGACCCCUGCUAAUAGAAAACAUCGGAGAGGAACUUGAUCCUGCUCUAGAUAACAUCCUGGAAAAAAAUUUCAUAAAAUCUGGUUCAGCACACAAAGUGAAAGUAGGUGACAAGGAGGUAGAUCUCAUGAAAGGGUUUACGCUUUAUAUGACAACAAAAUUGGCUAAUCCUGCCUAUACUCCAGAAAUCAGUGCAAGAACAACAGUGAUUGACUUUACUGUUACUGUGCGAGGGUUGGAAGAUCAGCUCCUUGGCCGUGUCAUCCUCACAGAAAAACAGGAACUUGAGGCAGAAAGAGUUAAACUGAUGGAGGAAGUGACAUCUAACAGGAGGAGAAUGCAGGAGCUUGAAGAUAACCUACUCUUUCGCCUAACGAGUACAGAGGGUUCUUUGGUUGAAGAUGAGUCUUUAAUAGAAGUCCUAAGAAUCACUAAAACAACAGCAGAAGAGGUCAGUGAAAAAUUAAGCAUAGCAGCGGAGACAGAGGUGAAAAUCAAUGCUGCACGUGAAGAGUAUCGGCCAGUUGCUGGUCGUGGUAGCAUUCUUUAUUUCCUAAUUGUGGAAAUGAGCUUGGUGAAUGUCAUGUACCAAACAUCCUUACGGCAGUUUCUUGGCAUUUUUGACCUGUCAGUGGAAAGAUCUCAGAAAUCUCAGAUCACAGGAAAAAGGGUGUUGUAUAUAAUUGAGCACCUCACCUAUGAAGUCUUCAAGUAUACAGUUCGAGGGCUGUAUGAAAAUCACAGAUUCCUGUUUACAUUGCUGCUGGCGUUGAAGAUUGAUUUGCAGGCCAAGAAAAUUUCACACAGUGAGUUUGAGACACUGAUCAAAGGAGGUGCCAGUUUGGAUCUAAAUUCUGUGGAACCGAAACCAAAAAAGUGGAUCCUUGACAUGACAUGGCUCAAUCUUGUGCAGUUGUCUAGCUUGUGCCCUUUUAACGAACUUCUGGUACAAGUUGUUAGGAAUGAGAAGGCCUGGAAAGCUUGGUUCGAUGCAGAAGCACCUGAAAAAGCUGUUGUUCCUGAUGGGUAUGACAGCUUACUGGAUCAAUUCCAUAAGCUUCUCCUUGUCCGUAGCUGGUGCCCUGAUCAUACCGUUGCCCAAGCUCGACACUACAUUGCAGAAUCCCUUGGUGUGAAAUACGCAGAAGGAUUUAUACUUGAAAUGGAAGCAAUGUGGUCGGAAAGUGACUGUCGAACACCUCUGACAUGCUUUUUAUCAGUGGGGUCUGACCCCACUGAAAAUAUAGAACGUCUUGCAAAAUCAAAGAACAUUCCCUGUCGUGCCAUUUCAAUGGGUCAGGGCCAGGAAGUCCAUGCAAGGCGCCUGUUAAAUCAAUGCAUACAAGAUGGAGGAUGGCUCCUUCUACAGAACUGCCACCUUGGCUUACUGUUUCUUAAUGAAUUAAUGGACACCAUCACAACAACAGAAUCAAUGAGUGAAGGUUUCAGGACCUGGAUAACUACAGAGGCUCACCCGGAGUUUCCUAUUAAUCUUUUACAGUCAUCCAUCAAAUUUACUAACGAACCACCUCAAGGUGUGAAAGCUAGCUUAAAAAGAACUUACUCUACUAUCACUCAGGAUCACCUAGAAGUGAGCAACAUGCCGCAGUGGAAACCAUUACUAUAUGCUGUAGCGUUUCUUCACACAACUGUUCAGGAAAGAAGGAAGUUUGGUCCACUGGGCUGGAACAUUCCUUAUGAAUUUAAUCAGGCAGACUUCACAGCCAGUGUGCAAUUUGUUCAGAAUCAUUUGGAUGACAUGGACAUUAAGCGCGGAGUGAACUGGAGCUGUGUUCACUAUAUGCUUGGAGAAGUACAGUACGGAGGCCGUGUAACUGAUGACCUCGACAAAGCUCUGCUGAAUACGUUUGCAAGAGUGUGGUUUGGAGAGCAUAUGUUUAGCGACAAAUUUUGUUUCUACAAAGAUUACGUGAUUCCAAGAGGGAAAACAGUUGAAGACUAUCUCCAGUACAUAGAGCAAUUGCCAGUGAUUGAUACACCUGAGGUAUUUGGUCUGCACCCCAAUGCAGAUAUAACUUACCAAACCAACCUUGCAAAUGAGACACUGAAUACAAUAGUGAGCAUCCAGCCCAAAGACAGCGGCAGUGGAGGAGGGGAGACCCGAGAAGCAGUGGUGCAGCGCCUUGCUGAUGAGAUGCUGGAGAAGUUACCUCCAGAUUACAACCCCCAUGAGGUGAAAGCCCAGCUUCAAAAGAUGGGAGCAAUUCAACCCAUGAAUAUAUUUCUCCGUCAAGAAAUUGACCGCAUGCAGCAUGUUUUAUCCAGUGUACGAGCCACACUGACUGAUCUCAAGUUGGCUAUAGAUGGAACCAUAAUUAUGUCAGAAGAACUGCGAGAUGCAUUGGAUAGUAUGUAUGAUGCCAGAAUUCCCAAACUGUGGUUUCGGAUUUCCUGGGAGUCUACAACUUUAGGAUUUUGGUUUACUGAGCUUCUUGAAAGAAACCAGCAGUUCAGCACUUGGCUCCUGGAUGGCCGACCAAAUCAGUUCUGGAUGACAGGGUUCUUUAAUCCACAGGGAUUCCUCACUGCCAUGAGGCAGGAGACAACACGCUCAAAUUUGGCAAAAGGAUGGGCACUCGACAAUGUUAUUUUGCACAACGAGGUGACCAAGAUGAUGAAAGAAGACGUGGCUGGCCCACCUUCCGCUGACAUUGGUGGGGUCUAUAUAUAUGGCCUUAUCCUCGAAGGGGCUGGUUGGGACCGCAGGAACAGCAAGCUGGUCGAGUCAGCACCGAAGGUGCUGUUCACAAGUCUUCCUGUAGUCCAUGUGUAUGCUGUCAACGUGACAGCACUACAGGAUCCAAAGAAGCAACAAGGCAAUGUGUACUACUCCUGUCCUGUCUACAAAACGCCUCGGAGGACAGAUCUGACGUACAUUUUCUCUUUGUACCUGAAAACAGCACAGAAUCCUGAUCACUGGACUUUACGGGGGGUGGCACUGCUCUGCAGUUCAAAAUGAGGGCCAAACAAUAGCUCUAAAAAAAAAUAACCACCUAGGAAAUAAGUUUGCAGCUAGUAGGAAUUCCAUUGUUAUUUUCAGAGUGGUGUGGGAAUUAGCAAGUGAUUAACACGACAGAGGUCGUGUUAAUCAUACAUAGAUCAGUUUACUCUCUUCACUGUGAAUACACCUAAAUGUAUUUAACCUGGGAUUGUGAGAGGGAAACAGGUACGGCAGCUGUUGUGGAGCAGGAAUACAUUCAGCUAGUUUGCUCAUACAGGAAAUACUAGGGAAAAUGUGCUUAUGAUUUUGAUAACUGCUCUAGCAUUUAUGGAGGUUCUUUUGUAGAUGCUGUCUUUUCUUCCUAGUAUAAGUCUUAUUCACAGUACGUUAUGAUUCUUUUUAAAAUCAACUUUGUAGUUAAAAACUUAUCAUGCAUAGCAUUAUUAAAGCAGUAAUGACGAGUGAGUUAAACUCAUAAUAAAACUUCAUCCUUUUCUGCACAUAUGUGAAUGCACUUGAUUUUUGCAUUUGUAAACUUGCUGAGUGGUUUUACAGAUGGAUGCUGCUGUUUCCUUGAAUAGUCUCUUGUAUAUGGAAAUAGUAAUAGAAGUUUAUCUUUGCACAAGUUACUGCUUUUGCAUGUUAGCUCAUUGCCAAACCUAUGCCCCAUUAGAAGGAAGAUGUGCACACACCAAAUUCUUAGUGAGAAGUUCUGAAACUCUUCUGAGAGUAAACACGCAUAAACACCACUUUGGCCCAACUAUUUGCUACAUUGGUGAUACUGCCUUGAAUCUUGCGGCCUCAAAACUCUCAACUGCAUUUUAUGCUGUAUUUUGUAUUAGUCUGGGUUAAAAAAAGAAAGAAGAAAAAGAAAUAAUAUAUAUGUUUUUAAAAGAUAGAGGAUACAUAAGCCAUUUCUGGGAGUAGAUUCACCUGAAAAGAUUGGUGUUAUUUUGUGUAUUGUCAUCUCUGCAGUUUACCCUAUGAUUGAAGGGUGAUUGCUGCUUCUCUUAAUAGACAGCUAUUGGCCAAAAACUGUGUUUUGCUUUUCUUUCACUAGCACAAAUUCAAAGCAAAAUAAAUUGCUGUUGGAUGUUCUGAAAGAAACAGUGAGUGCUUCAUUACUUUUUUUUCUCCUUGUAAGCACUUGCAAUCUUGUUCUUUUCAGCUGCCAUGUAAGAAGGUAGUUCACCUUUCCCCACACCCAGUUUCAGUCUACUAUUAGCAGGCACAGAGUUCUUUCCACGAGGAAGUUCAAUAUUCUCAGUCCUACCCACUACUAAGCAGAAAGGGCCAAGUUUCUUCUUGGAAAACCGAGCAGCUGGGGCAGGAUUCCU